AAAAUACAGCUUAACCACCGAUGUUGCUACGCCACGUCAACAAUGGAUAAUUAUCAUCCUAUCCCCUGUGGACAGGAGAUCAACUCUGUAGAGGCGAAAUAGUUUAUCUAAAAUGUAAAGUUUAGUAACUAUUUUGAAACCGAAAUAAACCCGAUUGAUCUAAUGGAAAUCAGGCUAUUAAGUUCGGUGACUAUUAGGUUUUUAAGCUGUUGGCAAUUUUAAUAAUGUACAGGUUUUUGGACAAGGCAGCUGUUGUGACAGAGGAAGACAAUGUGAAAUCCCCAAAUCCAUGGAAGCUUAACACAGUCCAUAGGGUUGAAGAACUAAAAUCACUUAUAAGAAUGGGGCCAAUAUGGGCAGCUGGAAUUCUCCUCAUCACAGCCUAUGCCCAACAAAGUACUUUCUCACUUCAACAAGCCAAAACCUUGGACAGGCACCUCACCAAAUCCUUUGAAAUUCCUGCUGCAUCCAUGAGUGUCUUCACUCAAACCUCCAUGCUGUCGACUAUCAUCUUCUAUGAUCGAGUAUUUGUGCCUAUAAUACGCAAAUUCACAGGCCUUGAACGCGGUAUCUCUUUCCUUACACGAAUGGCAAUUGGGUUUUUCAUUUCGUUAUUAGCCACAUUGGUUGCUGGUUUUGUCGAAUUAAAACGCAAAGAUGCAGCAAUGGCACAUGGACUAAUCGACCUGCCUGGAGACAUAAUUCCCAUGUCAGUGUUUUGGCUAAUGCCACAAUACUGCCUUCAUGGAAUAGCAGAAGCCUUCAUGUCGAUUGGACACCUCGAGUUUUUCUAUGAUCAGGCGCCGGAAAGUAUGAGGAGUACCGCUACUGCAUUGUUCUGGUUAUCCAUUUCUGCUGGGAGUUAUACAAGUACACUUCUGGUUACUCUUGUGCAUAAGUUCAGUGCCGGACCUGGUGGAUCAAAUUGGCUUCCGAAUACUAAUUUGAACAGGGGAAAAUUAGAGAAUUUCUACUGGUUAAUCACUCUACUGCAAUUUGUCAACUUGAUUUAUUACCUGUUUUGUGCCAAAUUCUAUACGUUCAAGCCAGUUCAGGUAUGGAAGGCAGAAGAUGAAAAGGUCGAAGAAGAUACAAUCGAGCUAACAAGCCAUGUUUAAUGGCAAGAUAUUUGGAGGUUACUGAGCAUUGUCUAGAGUUUAGCCUCGGCCUUUCUUAACUUGAAACUUCUGUAUGUAGAACGUUCCACCUCGAUGUAGAAGGAAUUACGUAGACUAGAGAGAAAAAUGUAGAAAUGUGUGUAUGACCUAAAACGUGUGCAUUUUCAAGACUAAUUUUUAGGUCAUUGGUUUAGUUUCUAUCUAAUGCAAGGAUUCACCGAAUAAUUUGAUCGACAUGCAUAUGUAUCAAGAGUAGCGCUAUUAGAAGAAUUAUUACCGCUUUUUUUCAAACACCCAAUUU